UACAAAAUUUCUGGUCGCGAGGAUUUCUCACCUACAGGCAUCUCUCGACAUCAUGGCUCAGCCAACCAACGGUUCUAUUAAAGCGAUAUACAACGAUGAAAAAGAUUCAGCACUGUACAAAAACCCUGUGGUACAAGUCAUAAAUAUCAAAAAAGUCCCCACUAGCAACAACGUUAACCGAUACAGGGUCAUCAUUUCGGAUGGAACUUAUUUCAUGCAAGCUAUGCUUGCUUCGCAACACACUGCACUUGUGGAGAAUGAGACUCUACAGAAGUACUCCUUGAUUGUGCUCAAAGACUACGUCUGCAACACGCUACAAAACAGAAAAAUCAUCAUUGCCCUGAACAUUGAAGUUCUUCCAAAUGGUCCCGAUAUGCAUAGGAUUGGUAGCCCUGUCAACCUGGAAGCUGAACUGGGUCAGGACAGCGGUGCUAAAGCAAGUAACGAACAACAAAAUGGCCAACAACAGCUCUUUGUACAAAACCAACCGCAGCAAAAUGCCCCAAUGUCUAAUCCAUACAACAACAGUGCAAACAAUGCUACUUCUAUUAACAAUACAUCUGCUCGCUCAAAUAAUGUUUAUGCUGAUGCUAACCUCUUUCCCAUCAAGAGUUUAAACCCUUAUCAGAACAGAUGGAUCAUCAAAGCUCGUGUAACUCAAAAGUCAGAUAUCAAAUUUUGGCACAAAGGCACUAGCGAAGGAAAGCUCUUUAGUGUCAACUUGCUUGACAAGUCGGGCGAAAUCAAAGCAACUGCGUUCAACGCCGAAGUGGAUAGACUCCACUCUAUGCUUCAGGAAAACAAAACAUAUUAUAUUUCCAAAGCUCGAGUGACUAUGGCCAAAAAGCAGUUUUCCAAUCUGAACAAUGACUAUGAGCUAGUCUUCGAUAGUAACUCUGAGGUCGAAGAGUGCAACGACGAAUCAAUUCCAACAAUGUCUUUCGACUUUGUUGAAAUCGCAAAGUUGGAUAAUGGCAUUGAAAAGGGCGACACUGUUGAUAUCAUUGGCGUUGUCAAGGAAGACGAAGGUAUCCAAGAAAUUGUGUCCAGAGCUAGUGGAAAGCCGGUUAAGAAGAGACAGCUCACUAUCGUUGACAUGUCCAAAAAGCAAGUCAAGCUUACGCUCUGGGACCGACAAGCUGAAAACUUCGAUUCUACCGGCUCUCCAAUUGUAGCAUGUAAAGGUUGUCGCGUCAGUGACUUUGGAGGAAGAUCACUGUCUUUGCUCUCAAGUGGAACCUUGAAGCUUAACCCCGAUAUUCCUGAAGCCAGUCAACUCCGUCAAUGGUAUGACAGAGAAGGUCAAUCUGCCUACUUAGACUCCUUCAGCAGUUCCUCCCUUGGAAAUUCCGAAAAUAGCAGUGCGGGCUCCACUCCCACAAAGACCUUAGCAGAAGCUAAGACCGAAAAUCUCGGUGCUGGAGAGAAGGCCGACUUCUUUAAUGUCAGAGCAAGAGUAGUCUACAUGAAGAGCGAUAAUUGCUGGUACCCCGCUUGUCCUGAAUGCAAGAAAAAGCUGGUCGUAGAAGGCGGUAGUUGGAGAUGCGAAAAGGAUCAAAAGCAGUUCCCAGAACCAGAUUACAGAUACAUACUCUCGCUUAGCAUUAGCGAUGCCACAACUCAGAUGUUUAUGUCGGCUUUUGACGAAGUCGGCAAUAAAAUCUUGGGCAAAAGUGCAACUGAAAUGGUUCGCUUGAGAGAAACUGACGAUGUAGCAUACCAAAACGCCUUCAAAGAUUGCUAUUUCCACCUUUACACCUUCAAAUGCAAAGCCAAAGUAGAGAGCUACAAUGAUUCCGCAAGAACAAAGUAUACAAUCAUUGAGGCUACCGCAGUAGACUAUGUAACUGACGGUAACCAACUCGCUAAAGAAAUUGAUUCGUACCUUAGUUUGUAACUCUCGCCCAUGAAUUGAAUAAAAAAAUCCCCAUUGUUUGUUGUACUCCGCACAUUG